AGGCAGAAACCAGGUCUUCCUUCCCGAGUCGUACACAAUCGCGACUUUCAUCGUCGACGGCUGCAGCACCACCAUCCCCGCGCCCAAAAGGAAGUUGUUCGAUGCCCACGAGCUGUUCUCCACAGGCGCCGAGGACCACGUCGACAUCGGGGGCACCCGCCGCGUCAAGUGGCUGCGCAAUAGUUCGGCAGGGGAGGCCCGCGGUCGAGAGGUGGAGGAAGAUCCGUGGCUGCGAGACUGAGCACUUGUACUCGCAGAGGUCUGUGUCUCCGUUUCCUCUCGAAGAGAUUCGGUGCCACCACCACUACGAUCCGACUUGGUGCCACCUAUGGUGUUGCUGCCGCGCCGGGGAUCGAUGCGGGCACUGGAGCUUGGAGAAGAUCCCAUCAUUUUUCGUUACUGGUCCGGGGAAUAGUCGAGGGGAGGAUCUUGCGAGAUCCCUGAUGGUGGGAAGAGCAUUCAAGCACUCACCCAGCGUGAUUGGGCUUGUGACGUCACUCACCUCCAGUGGCACGUGGUUGUGCCCAUCGGGAACAGGGGCUCAUUCAAGACUGUAGCAGUAUCGGGCCGUGUGCUUUUUGCGAGGGUCCGAUUUCCUAACUGCACGGGUGUCGUAGUCCAAGUAUAUCUCGACCCCCUGCUUCUCAAUGCGCCACGAAAUCCACCCCCCACUUCCCCCUCCUCCUCCUGCGAUACCUACGCGACACCUCCCACAGCACAUUGCCAGGAUGUCGCUGUGGGUUCAAACAGAUGCCUCGAGCUGGCUGGACACACAGGGAUCUACCGCCAUAGAGCAAAAGCAAAUGAAGGUACUGUCUCUCGGGCGCGUUGCUUCCGUCGACCACUCGCUCGACGUGGAAAUCUGGACAGCCGCUCUCAAUUCCCGUUUCUUUGCCAACGGCAUAAAGAUGGAGGCAGACGAUUGGCAUGCUCUGCUGGGAUCGUACGAGAUCGCGAUGUCCCGCGGGCAGAUGCUCUCGCAAGAGCUCGCGCAGACUGCUGCGAGCCCGCCCCCGACGCCAAGCAAACUCUCGAACGCGAAGCGUCCCACGCUUAUAACCAAACUCGGGCGGAACAAACCCUUUGUGAUAUCCUCAUGCCUCGACCCGCGCUUCCUCGAUCGACUUCGCCCGUUCUUCAAGGUAGUCUGGAUGACUUUCUUCGGCGACUUCCCGAGCACCGAGCUCGCCCAGAAGCGGUUCGACUUCGACCAGGCCCAGGCCCGGACGCUCAUGGUCGAGUAUAAGGCGGGCGAAGGCUGGGAGCGAGUCUGUCUCCUGCUCCACCGGGAGCCCGAUUCGGACUCGGAUUCGGAGCUGGCAUCCUCGUCGGACGAAGACGAUUCAGACUUGGACUCGGAUGGAGCGGGGAAUAGGGCGUUCUCCGGGGACGUUCACGCGUUCAGACGGAGGAUGCACAAGCUCACGUAUGGACUAUUUCAAGGGCUCGGUGGUACGGUCGUGAUGCAGACAGCGUUGGUGGGGUCCAUGGGCGUUUCCUUGUCAUUCGCACACAGAGCAUCUCCAGUACCCAACUGAUCUCAAUCCCGUCUCUUUGCCCUAUCGUUUCGUACGAUCUUCGCCAGCGUCGUAAGCCCAAACUGAUUGGACAUCGG